UUGAAAUUCAAACCAUUACAUACAUUAUUACAAGUAGGAAAGACAACAAAAUAUUAUAGUUUUAUUAAUUGGAUAUCAUUUUUUAUUUUAGGCUUCAACAUGCGCACCUACAAAAGAACAAGUAAUAGAUGCCAGACUUCCCAAGACGUUGUUUUAACAGCAGUAAAGAAAGUUAAACUCGAAGGGAAGUCCAUCAGAAGCGUAGCAAAGGAUUUUGGAAUUCCAUUUCGCUCUUUGGCUCGAUAUUGUAGCAAAGUAACUGAAGAAAAACUUAUUGCUCCACAAGAUACCCCACCUCUUACAAUUGGCUACAAGAAACUGAGACAGGUUUUUACAAACGAACAAGAGAAUGAGUUUGCUGAUUAUUUGAAGAAAGCAGCUGAUAUUUAUUAUGGAUUGUCACCAAAGGAAGUCAGGAAAUUCGCAUUUGAAUAUGCAGUGAGACUUAAGGUAAGGUUUCCUUCUUCUUGGGCUGACUGUGAAAUGGCAGGUGCGGAUUGGUUUUCUGCAUUUUUAAAACGGCAUCCUACACUUUCUAUAAGAACACCUGAAGCGACCAGUCUUUCAAGGGCUACGUGUUUCAAUCGCACUAAUGUGAAAGCAUUUUUCGACAAUUUGAAAGACGUUAUGAAUAGAUUGAAAAUUGGGCCUGGAGAUGUGUGGAACAUGGACGAGACUGGUAUCACUACAGUGCAAAGACCAGACAGAGUAGUUGCACGGAAAGGUUUUAAGCAAGUAGGUAAAAUUACUUCUGCCGAAAGAGGAACUCUAGUUACUGUAGCUGUUGCAGUAUCUGCGACAGGAAAUCAUGUGCCACCAUAUUUUGUUUUCCCUCGCGUCAAUUUUCGUGAAUAUUUUCUGAAAGGAGCGCCUAUAGGUAGUUCUGGAGAUGCAAAUGCUACCGGCUGGAUGAAGGAAGCAAAUUUCGUCAAAUUUGCACAUCACUUCGUAACAAAUGUUAAGUGUUCCAAAGAAAACCCAUGUCUGUUGCUACUUGACAAUCACGACUCACAUCUUUCAAUUGAAGCAUUGGACUACCUUAAAGAUAAGGGGGUCACUGUCCUUUCUUUCCCUCCACACUGCAGCCAUAAACUGCAACCAUUAGACCGGAGUGUAUUUGGCCCUUUAAAGAAAUUUGUGAACAGUGCCUGUGAUUCUUGGCUGGUGAACCAUCCUGGGAAAACAAUGACUAUUUAUGACAUACCUGAAGUUGUAAAUGCUGCUUUUUCUAGUGCGGUUACGCCGAGAAAUAUUUUAUCUGGUUUCAGAGUAAGUGGGGUAUCACCUUUCAACCCUGAUGUCUUUAAGGAUACAGAUUAUCUUGGUUGUUACGUAACAGACCGCCCAGCACCUGACGAAAAUGAUGUUGACAGUGGAGAAUUGCCUAAUUCAGACAACACUGUUCAAUGUAGACCAAAUGAACCUGUAAUCAUGGAAGCAGGCCCUUCAAAUAUGCUGAUUGUACAACUAACUGAGGAAGAAGCUGAUCAGGAAACGUCAAUGGACGUAACGAGCAGGGGCUUACACGAAAUCGCAUCACAAGAUAAGGAAAUUGUAGUUGAUUCUACGUGCAACAUAAGCCCAGAAAUGGUGAGACCAUUUCCCAAAGCUGGUCCAAGGAAAAAUAACCGGGUAAAUAAUAGGAAAAGGAAGAGUGAAGUGUUGACAGAUACUCCAAUAAGAAAUGAAUUAGCUAAAAAGAAAUCAGAUAUUGAUAAGAAGAAAGGAGCUAAGAAAAACUUGUUUGGAAGUUCGAAAGAUACAGUUCAGAAUCCACGCAAGUCUAAGCAAAAACCGACAUCGAGUAACAAAGCAGUGAACCAGCAUGUGAACUGA